AUGACAUGGUCUAAUUUUGGUGAUAGCGUUCGGUUGCUAUUUUGUCUUCUUUGUUUGUUCGCUUGUAAUAGAAGCGUUAAACCAAGACCAUUCCCUGAGGAUGGUGGCACAGUGACUCAGACCGGUGAACCGUCGCAUUUUCAAGUCGACGACAAGGCCGCCGAGAUCGAAGUAAAUGCGAAUCCCGCUGGGGUAAAAGUCAACGCUAAGCCGGCUUCUCUUCAAGUUGUAGCCAAACCCGGUACUCCGGCUGUUCCAAUAUUUCAUCCAUCGAUUCAUCUGGCACAACAUUAUGCACCGCCACCGGUCGUUCAUCACCAUCCAGCCGUAUUUUACCACGGUUGCUUUCACUUUCCUUACUGUAACAAUUGGUUCUACAAUGGAAUCAAGCGAGAGAAGUUCCCAAAGCCCAGAAAAGAUGAAGUCAAUGUCAGAACCCACAAAUCUGACAUACCCCGAGCACACAAACACAAAAAGGGAAUCAGAUCUCGCAAGCGCCAAUUCAUCUUCGCGGCCCCUCAGCUUAUUCAACCGUCAUCGUUGGGUGCUCUGCGCAGUCUUAAUGCUUAUAGAGGCUUAUCAUAUACCCCCGUCCGUCAGUUUUUACCGUUAAAUUCUAUCCUAGGGCCUUACAAUUUCGGGCAAAAUUCCCAGGCCCGCAUGUUUGCAUCACCGGGACAGCUAGCCACGCAGCAGAGUCUCCAAGAGACUGGCCUGACAAGAGGACUUAUUCCAACAGCUGCAGGUUAUCCAGAGAAUUCCGAGGCUCUGAGUGGUUACCAAAUACUUAACAGCGAUUCAAAUAGCCUGGCCUCCUUGUACAAUGCUAUUUUAAGACAAAGAAGCAUGCUGAGCGCGGCGCAAAGUUUAAGAUAUGGAAGUGUAUUGGGUGUUGGUGGCGCAUCCCGUUUCAGUGCGGAGAGAGGGUUGGGGUACGUUCCUUCAACGUUAGGAGCAAGUCAGUACAACGAAGCGAUGAUGGGUUAUGGGAAUGCAAACGUUCCUUCGCCAUUAUCCCAGCUUUACAGGUCACAAAGCUACCCUCUCCAGGGAUUACUUGGUAUGUUCCCAGUGUGUAUGUAUGUGUGCGUUUUUUUUAAAUCGACUGGACAGUGUUGUAGCUUAUAAGUUUUGUAUCCUUUGUAUUCAGAUCUUAGCAUUUAGAAGGAAAAUACAGUGAUGACCCGUUUGAGUGUCGUCCUGAAGGGAAAUGUUAGUGACCCUCUGACUUACAUUUUGACUCUGUGCGUAAGUUGCUUGACUGUGAUGCAAGAAUAUUCGUCGCUUUCAGACCAGCAAUCCUGUUCAGGAAUGUUCUUAACCAUAGCUACGAAUAUCUAACCUUCCUAUUAACACUCCUCGGCAGAAAGAGAUCAUUUAGCUUUCCUCCAGUGUUCUGAGCUCAAUAUUUGUAAGCAUCCAAACAGUAAACAACAUGUAAUCAAAUCAGAACCCACAUUACAUUACUUAUAAAGUACUGAACAAGUAUGCUACGUCGUGGCUCAAACAUGCUGAAAUGAAACUUAAAAAUAAUAAAAAAAAUCAUGCGUAAAGUUCAUCAGAUAGUUUCAAGGUAAUGUUCAGAGCGCUACUUUUAAUUUUCAUCGUAUAAAAUAAUGGCAGCGGCCAGAGAUAUCGUCCAUAACAUUUGGUUUGUCCUAAAUAUUGUUGCUAAGAUUUAAAGAUAUCCAACUACACAAUUUGAAAACGAAGCAGCGCUAUGAAAUGGGGCAUCUCCUGCAGAUGCAGAGCCUUCUUCUUAGGAAACGAGUUUCGCGUAGUUUGAGUAGAGAGGAUUGCAAUGAUUUUUUAUGCCCUAUUUAUUGUCCACAGGAUCUUCACUAGGCUACCAGCAAUCCAUGUUCCCUUACCUCUCACUUCCACCCAUGUUGCAGCGAUCUCCAUUAGUGAGCAGAUCCAAGGUCCCCGGAGCGUCAUUAAAGAAGAAAAAGAAACCAAUUAGAGAUAAGAUUUUAAAGGAAAAAAGGAAAAUUGACGUUAAACGCCAAACUCUGCUAGAGCCAAUUUUGCCGGAAGAAUCUGGAAAUGUUGAUGAUUUGUUACAGGACGGGACAUCAGAAGAUUACAAGAGACAGUUCAUUCUGACUCCAGCUCUGGAGACGCUCCAGCAAGUGCAACCGUUACAGGCUAUGGUCACUCAGCCAUCCGCACAGCCACAAUUACGUCAGCUUCAACUGCAGCAGCUGAUGCAAGAGCAGCCUAUCUCAGCACAGUCCUUAGCAGUCCAGCCGGUGGGAAUGCAGACAGUACCUGGGUUGCAGUCUGCAGGCAUGCAGCAGCUGGGUAUGUCAGGGUAUCAACAGCUUGGAAACCUUCUUCCCUUAGAGUCAACGCCACUCCGUUAUAUGACAUCGUCUCUUGUGUCACCCUUGGAAAAUUCCGAUGUCGGGCCAUCUUCUGCGUUAUCGUCUCGCACGAUUUCACCAUUAACGUCACGUAUGAUGUCCACAACCCUCGCUCCUGCAGACUUAAUGCCGUCGUUAGUUUCCAAUGGUCUUACACGCCCUCAAAAUGUCUUAGGUUCGAUUCGAAGUUUUUCUCCAAAAACUUUAUUUCAAGACAGAUCGUUCUUCCAUCAUCCUUCUCUGACAUACGGAUACCCAUCGUUGUCAAGAAGACUUUUUCGGCAACCUCAGUUUCGCAGGCGAUUGCACGAUUUCCGAGAGUAUGGCUUGGAUGCAUCGGAGCCAGAAGUUUUAGGACGCGAAGAAAUCACACAGGGAGGAUCAUACACAACGGAGCGCAUUCCUAACUCUGAUGGAGAGACGCUUGUUAAUUCACCUGUAGGAUUUGGACCCAUAACAGUUGAAGCGAAAACAGCUGAAGGGGCGAGGGCUGCACAGCUAGCUGGAGAGGAUAAAAGACAAAGUAUCAGGAAACCAGUGGGGCAAAAUCACACAGACAUACCACGGAAUAGAUCGCUGACAUAA